UCCGUCACCGGGCGGCGACGUCAACCAGCUGGGCGGCGCCUUCGUUAACGGCCGCCCGCUCCCCGCCGCGCUGCGCCUUCGGAUCGUCGAGAUGUCCCGCCGGGGCGCCCGACCCUGCGACGUCUCGCGGGCCCUGCGCGUCUCGCACGGCUGCGUCUCCAAGAUCCUGGCGCGCUACCGCGAGACGGGCUCCGUGCUGCCGGGCGCCAUCGGGGGUAGUAAGCCGCGCGUCGCCACGCACGCCGUGGUGCGCCACGUUCGCGAGUGCAAGCGGCGCGAGCCGGCAGCCUUCGCCUGGGAGAUCCGCGACCGCCUCGUAGCUGACGGCGUCUGUGACAGGCUGAGCGUGCCGUCGGUGAGCUCCAUCAGCCGGAUCCUGCGGAACAGGACGGAGGGCGGCGGAGGAUCGGCACCGCCUCCGCCUCCACUCGGGGUCAAAGCCGAGACUCCAGCUGACCUCCCCGCGCACUUCACGUGGCCCUGCCCUCCACCGCCACCCAGGCUGCCCCUCUCUACCCCGGAGCCGGGUGGGCCCCUCGGACUCAAGCCGCCCGCCCCUUCGGCCCUGGGCAGCCCCCUGGUGUGGCAUGCACCGCACGGGGUCCGGGAGAGCCUGCACUUCGGCGCCGGUGUCUCCGUGUGCGAGUCGGUGCCCUACCCUGGCAAGGUGGAGGACUGGGGCUGUGUGACUCGGCACCCAUUCCCGAGCAUCGGCGCUCUCCUCGAUAAACCCUCCGCGGGCCUCGACAUCAAGUUCCCACAGAUGGGGGCAGCAGCUCUGAGCUCCUUCCCGCUGGGCUACGUGGGGCAGCACGAGAAUUCGCUGGCCACGUUCAUCGGCUGGGCCGACGUGAUUGGAGACUCGCAGCCGGCCGCCGGGGGCACAAGACCGCAGCCGUCUCUCGACGCAGAAAUCAAGAGGCUCAGUUCACAUCAUCACGCCAGCCACAUCUACCCGGAGCCUUCGGCGUAGUCCAUCUCUUCUCUGUAGAGAGGGGGUCGAAGGUGGUUUCUGUGUUCUUCGGUAAUGGACACUCCCACCAACAACUCCCCCCCCCACCUCCCCUCAAUCCCGGCAUCAAAGUUGAACCUUCCGCAGCGAAGCUGGUAUUGCUGCCCCAGGGUGCAGCGCGGAGGGGUUGCAUCUACAAGGUACAAAAAAACUCGGGACGUGUCGCGGGAUUCAUAGGAUGGGAAUAUCUCACAGGAGCAGAAGAGGGUGCCAUAAAAGGCGUCGUCCUGAGUGGCAUAGUCUGAGAGGUCCACAAUUUCCUGCUGAAAUGAAGCACUCGGUGGACGAUUAUUAUAAUUAAUAUGUUAAUUACACAACCGACAAUUUCCCCGGAAGAGGCUCAUAGAUCUGCCAGAGCAGCAGCUGCCUCGCUCGACAAGAGGACGAUCCCGGGGACCAAUCAGGGACAGGUGGCAACCCGAUAGAGCACUCGCCCACUCACGUGCUCGCUCAUUCACCCACCCAAUUACCCACUCACUUCCCUUAUCCACUCACCCACCCAUGCAGGUGCCAGUGAGAUGUUGACUCUGGAGAGGGGGGCGGUGACAUGACAGGGCGACCCAAUCGAUGUGGCACGGCCGAAAUCUUGUACGUACAAAGACAACAAAACAACCCUCCGUAUAGACGUGAACCAGGCUGUUGGGGCAAGUGCUGUUAGCGAGCACCUAUUAAGGCCAGCACGGCGCACGAAGAGCUGGGUGGCCAACAACCACGCCCGGUCGCCUUCGUCUCCCCGGUUGCUGAUUUGUAUGGCUGAGUCGACCUAGGGGAGGCCCAGGACUGGUUCAAAUAUUCGCCACUGUUGUUGGUUGUUCCCCGGGUUUGCAGCACAGUUUCCCGUAAUCGUGGGCAGCAGUGGUGGUGAGCAAGUCAGUUUAACACUCAGUGAGGCUUUCACGACCAAUAUAUCCAAAAUAAAAGGGGGGGGGGGGUUGGGGUAGAUCACGUGAAUAUAAUUG